AAAAAUUAUGCUGAAAAGGGUUGAGUGGGUUUGCAUCCAUGAGGAUUUUCCGUGAACCGCUUGCAAAUUUUUGAGUUUCUUAGAAAUCGUUAAAACGGAAGCAAUCUUUUAGCCUGCUGGAACACGACUGAAGAGAAAUUGUGCUAAUUAUAAGGUUUUUAGGUCGAUACAUUAGCAGAUUCAGCUCCGCACAUGUGAUGGACACGAAAAUGGCGGUAUAUUCAAAUCAGCUUCAAGAUUUCUUAAAUAAGGAACUGUUGAAUCUGGAUAGCAGUGUCAAAACUACCAAACAGGACCAUUACUGUGUGCACAAAGUAUGCUUUGAAAGACUGAUAGAUGAGCAUUCAACAUACAGAGAUCUACUUUCCAGAAUAAAGGUAGAAUAUGAAGAGUGCAUUGAGGCAAUGGAGAGAGGUCAGAGAGAGGCAGUGUAUCUGUCAGGAAAAUUAGCAGCGGCAGUCUUGGAACCUGAAACAAUCAGAAUGGUCAAAAAACGCGCAGAUGAACUGGAACUUAAAGUUGGACUGCUCAAAAUUAUAAAUCACAGGAGGAAAUCCUACGGGUUAGAGAGAUGUCAGGAGUAUCAUCCAAACAGAACAGGUCCAGCUAUCGCAAUUCAACCAGCCGUGUAUCACCAGAUACAAUUUCCAGUUAAUCUCGUAAAACGGAAAGGUUUACAAAUAAAUCCCCUCAGAUCCCGUCAUUCUUUCAUGUCGCUUCUCUUCUUUUAUCGUCAGUUUUUACUCUACACCUCACAUUCUUGUUAUCUGUGGUUACCAGGGUCUUUUCUACUGUUUGAUCAGUCAAAUCAUCCUUCACGCUCAAACUUCAUGCCGAGUCUGACUUUGGAGCAACUCACAGACACAGCGUUCCUGACAAAGAAGUUAGCUGAUCUCAAAUCCAAAGUGACGCAGGUUAAACAUGAGAACGAAACCAGGUUUGUUCCAAAAGAAACGAAAGGCCAGCUUUUCAAUCGUCUUCAAGAAAGAGAGGUUGUUAAAGAAGCCCUUCUGACUAAACGCGAGGAGCUCAAGAUGAAAAUAGUAGCUACAAAACUGUCCCUCGCUGUUUGGGAAAACAUAAGAAAGCCUUCAUUGAAAGCGCAAUCCUCAAUUGUUGGGAAAAUUGCUGUAGCCUUGAGGGAGACCAACCGAACGAUGGAGAAGGCAGAUGAAAUAUCUGAAGAAAAAACUGAGGAACUACAGCCGGACAGAAAAGAGAAACAAUACGCCUACACUGAAGAAGAAGGAAAUCAGAGGAGUGCUCUCUCCUCUCGCAUGAUCGCGGAAGAUGAUGAUCCAACCAAAGACAGAGAGGCGGAGUUUAUUCUCGAAUACAUUGAAAACUUCUUCGAGUUGUUUGAGGCGGGAAAAGUUGAAGAUGCUGCCUUACUAGCUGCACAUUCACCAAAGGGAGUUUUAAGGACAAUGGAAAAUCUCGAGAAGUUCAAAGAAUACGAUGCAGCACAUAGCGGCAGCUGUGUUUUGGCGAAGUAUUGGGAAGCUCUCCUUGCCACUGUUGCUACUGGUUGCAUGAAACCCUCAAAGUGGGAAACUAUAGAGUGUGUUAAAUGUGUUUUAGAGAAAGGAAGAAAAGAUCUCCUUACUCACUGGAUGGCACAAGAUCAGUUGACUCUAUCUGAAGAGGUUGGCCGAUUGAUUACCGACGCUUGCCGAUGUCCUGAAAGUUGUAAAUGUGGACUCAUUGGACUUGCAGAAGUUGUGUUCGCAAACGUUGGUGCUUCUAAAGAGGUUUUGGCUUGUUUUCUUAGGCAAGGACGAUUCCUCCGAGCCAUGGAUUUCUCAAAAACCAGUAAUACCUUAACGCGAACAGGCGAGUCCUGAAGUCUUGACUCUGGUUUGAUUUAAACUGGGUCAUGUCUCACACUUUUGUCCUCACAUUCCUCGCUUUUCCCCACAUCGUAGAUUUCGUAGACGCUUUUCAAAAGUUGCCAUUGACGAACGACAUGCUCUCGUUUCUGGGCGAUGAACGCACAGAAAAUCAUUUUUUGUCCGUUGACGAGAUCGAGGAUCUCUUGUCCCGUGUGCUUGUUAAUAGUAGCUGCCGCCGUGUAGCCAAACGAAUUUAUGAGGAAAUGAAUUACUCCGGGGGACAAACGUAGAGGAAACAGGCUGCAUCUAGCGAAAGAAAUGAGCACUUGUACUUUGCAGUAUGUUUUAAGACUGGUAAACUAAUGAACAUUACACCUCAUUGAACAUGAGCAACAUUUCAGGGACAUUUCCAUGUCAACCGUGGUAAGAUGGAACUCCUUGCAGCCUCUUUCAUUUCUUUCUCGAGUCCUAAACCUUGAAGAGGAAAGACACAGACUGAUGACAAGCCGGAAUUUGUAGAAAUUUUGACCUUUGAGGUAGACGACUCAAUUGAGCGUGUUACAGUAAAUUACCUUAUUAUAGCUAACUGAAAUAAAGGUGAAAAAUGCACUUAUGAAAAUAUUUUUUUCUACUGAUACUUCGACAGUUAGUUGGCUUGAUAAAAAGGUCGACUUCCUGUUAUUUCAGAAAUUAAAUAACACAGAAGCUUAACUGGAUGUGAAUAAUGAUUUUCCUUUGACCUUUGGGCUUUAUUCAGACAAAAUAUAAUCGGAAACAUAUUUUGACAGAAAAUGGCUUUACCAAAUAAACAUAGCAUUAUGCAGUUAAUCUUCGACACAGCGAUUUUAACUAUGUCUGUGUUACUGCUCCAUAUUACGGAGAACAUUGGCUUCAGCUUACACGACCACAGAACGCUGGACAAGUCGGCGCCCGCAACACACACCGCUGUGAUUGUCCAUCUUUGUAAUUUAGGUGAGUAGCUUGUGGAGUUCCGUAAGGUUAAGGGAGACUUCAAGUGACUGGAAAGGUUUGUCCUGUUAUCCCAGGAAUGGAAACUAAGAAAACUGCCAAAGAAAUUCUGGAGUCGCUGCGAAAGGAGCCUUUCUGUUUGGAGACAGACGAAAAACUAGCGAACCACCAGGUCGUUAAGGAGGCAAAAGCCGGGACACUUUCUCUCAAGGUCGUGGAACGAUUCCUUUGCGAGCAGUAUCACAUCAUAGCAGCUGACACCCGUUCUCUGGCGCACCUGGUAACCAGGUUUGAUGGCAACCAUGUCAUCCGAGAUUACUUCCAGUUCUUUUUAGACGGAGAGAGGUUGGGUUAUGGAAAAUUACUAACCAUGGCAAAGGUCAUGAAACUUUCAGAAUCUGACCUUGAGAACUACGAGCCCCAAGCCCUUGCACAGGGAUACCCGUCGUAUCUAUGUCGACUUGCGCAUUACGGAGAAGCCCCACAAAUCGCGGCAGCCAUUGCAGUAAAUUUCCCCGCGUUCGGUAAGAUGUGUUCGAGUUUCGCAGACGCUUUGAAGGAGAACUACAACAUGAAAGAAGAAGACGUGGAUUUUGUUCGAUUCUUUGCUUCUGGUGACCUUGACGAGGAAGCUGUCAAAGUGAUAGAGGCGUAUAAUGCAAAUGAUCAGGGCAAGCUAAAUGAAGUUCACUACAAGGAUAUUAAGAGAGCAGUUCGUCUUCUCCAGUCUUAUGAAGUUAUGUUUUGGGACAGUGUAUACGCUAGUUCCUGAACGCUUGUUGUUAGCUGAUUCAGAUAAAACUCUGAUUUGCUGGAAAUUUGAUGAAAUGUUUUAGAACAAAGUCAUAAUCUUUUGAAACAUCGACAAAUACGCUCGUUUAUGCGUGACUUAAGCGUUUUAACGACUUCAUAGAGGAAUGUCGUGUUGCUAAUUAGCUAUUGUUGAGCUUAGCAAGCAUUCGAUUGAUCAAUCAAUCAGUUAGUCAGUCAAUUAUUGUCAUAUAUUUCUUUAAAAAAUAAAAAGCCGUUCAAAACUGCUGCCAUCACACGUGAUUAUUUCUGUUGAACGCCGCUCGCAAUUCAUAGCUUUUAGAGGAUUUGUGUGUCUUCUUUGACAACUUGCAAUCAUUUCUGGCGGUAAAACGAACAUACCUCUCCAUUACGAACACGCAUGCGUGACUGAGAAAGCUCGUUUAACGAGCAAAAGUAACUUUGGUAACGAACGCCCUCUCCUUCCCAGCAUUCCUUUGGGCUGUGUUCUGCGAUGAUAUUGUGAGAUGUACCGUAAUAUUAAAGCUUACCUUUUUGCAUUGUUGGCCAUUUUAUUACAUAAUGUUUACCCUACAAAAUUUCAAAGCUUUUCGCCUUUCCAGUUUCAUAUUGGCCAAAAAUGGACACAAUUGUCUCGUGGACGUUUGGCUGCUUCAUUUUAACAGACUGAUAAAUUUCCUUAAUCAAUAAGAGGUUUGACGGAAGCAAUAUCAGCUGGAUUUAGGGCGUUCGAUACAGCUUUGUCUUUGACUAAGGCUUUGGUUGGAGAUCUCAUUCAUUUCAUUCACUUAACAUUUGCACCUGCUUGAUAUGCACCUCCAAUCAACAAGUCGGCGACCCUCGGCCAUAUUACUCCCUGCUGAUCAUUAACGGCAAAUGUAAUAUUGCCCGAAAUACGAGCAGAAAUAACCUCUUUGUUAUCACAAUUUUUCACUGAGUCUUAGUUACGUGCUUUGAUUGAAAUAUCUGGGGAAAACUACUUUUCCACUGUUUUAAAGAACUCUGCAACUCUACCGGAUUUGGUCAAGACUUUGUGGUGUUAACUCUGUAACAGUCUACGAGCCGAACAGUUAUCAAAAUGUCUGUAUGCAGACAGAGAAAAGACGCCUCUGCAACAAUAGACCGCUGGAUAGAUUGAGGAUUUUGCGAACAAAAAACUGAAUUACUACGGUUCGACCAAACCGAAUUGUUGCUAAAUAGCUCUGUGUUACAUUUUGGCGAGUGAUAACUUUCAGAAGGCCGGCAAAACUAUAUUUAGCUUGCACCGCUCAAAGCUGUUGGAAUAUCUUUCUAAUGGUAAGUGUUUAUGUUUCUUACAAUCUAACACAAUAUGAAAUCUUAUGUUUAUAAAACUGGUUUAUUUUAAGCGACCUGCGUUGAAAUGCGUUUCUCACAGCUUCGAUUCAGCUGACAUACACAUUCUAAUAGUAGCCACAGAUAAAUGAUUUUAAGUGACGAAUGUAAUCUGCCGAUUCAAGAAGUUACAGAAACCAAAGUGCAACACAAAUGCGAGAAAAAUAAUUAUGGCAAGUGUUUCACAAUUUUUUGACCUUUAUCUUUAGCUUUUUGUUUUAAUAAGGUGGUGUGUUUUCUUUUAGCAGAGGCUUCUGUGUAUUCACCACAGCAUGGGGCUCCUCAAACUUCGUGUUCAAGGUAUGCAAAUGUACGCAAGUAUUAUGCAAUAAUAUCAACACCCAAUUAAGUAUAAGGAGAUGGGGUCGCUAUUAUCGCAAAUAAUCUACGUUGGGAGAACUUGGAAAUUUGUAGUAACAUAUUGCAGUAUCUGAGAUAACCGUAUUCUUCAAAGCUUUUUUGUUGUUUUACCCGAUGGCCUAAGUUACUUCACAGUACAUCCGUGGAGCAGACCAUGUAUUUUAAUUUGAAAAACACAACCUCGCGACACAAGAUACCUUGAUUGGGCUGCCUGUAAUUAAUUGUGGAAGUUAUGGCAACGGAAUACUUAUCUAAAGUUGCAAAAAUUAAAAUCACAU